CCUUCCAUCUCCAUAACUGUACGGCUCCACCGACGCCAUGGCGCCUCCUCCGCCUGUUCGUCCUGCCACAGUCGGUGGCCCAAUGCUGAACGAAAUCUUCGAGGCGGUUCAUGAAGGCAACCUCCCCCGCUUCAAGGUUCUGGUGAUGCUGCUGGACAUGGGCAGGGGUCGCCUCAGGGAGGCAGUCGAAGCCCUGAGAGUGGAAGAUGAAGGGUUGAUGAAAGGCCUCUGUGCGCUUCACAUCGCCGCCAUCAGAGGGAGGCUGCAGUUCUGCAGCUACCUGGUCGAGGACCUAGGAGUCGAUGCGAAUGUCGCUGAUGAGCAUGGUAGGACACCUUUGUUUUUGACGACCCUCUCUAAGAAUGUCUGCUGUGCCACGUAUCUUCUUGAUCAUGGUGCCAAUCCAAACAAAUCAUGUCAUGACGGGAUUUCACCUCUACAUCAAGCAACUGUAUCAGUCGGUGGCCCAAUGCUGAACGAAAUCUUCGAGGCGGUUCAUGAAGGCAACCUCCCCCGCUUCAAGGUUCUGGUGAUGCUGCUGGACAUGGGCAGGGGUCGCCUCAGGGAGGCAGUCGAAGCCCUGAGAGUGGAAGAUGAAGGGUUGAUGAAAGGCCUCUGUGCGCUUCACAUCGCCGCCAUCAGAGGGAGGCUGCAGUUCUGCAGCUACCUGGUCGAGGACCUAGGAGUCGAUGCGAAUGUCGCUGAUGAGCAUGGUAGGACACCUUUGUUUUUGACGACCCUCUCUAAGAAUGUCUGCUGUGCCACGUAUCUUCUUGAUCAUGGUGCCAAUCCAAACAAAUCAUGUCAUGACGGGAUUUCACCUCUACAUCAAGCAACUGUAUCAGGAGAUUGUAAAAUGGUAAAACUGUUGCUUGCCAAAGGAGCAUACGUUGACCUUGAAGCUCAUUGUGGGACACCACUUCAUGUUGCUGCUACAAAAGAUCAUGAUGGUGCUAUGAAGAUUUUAUUGGACCAUAAUGCUGAUGUCAACAAGAUGGUAAAUGGUAAGACACCUAUGAUUGCUGCUAUUGAUGCUGGCUCAAGGAAAUGUAUACUUCUCUUGUACAAGGCUGGUGCUGAUCGGAAGGAAGCUUUAACAUAUGCUGCUGAACAUCUCCACGCUGAAAACGUUGUUUCAAGUGACUUUGUCAAAUGCAUACUGGACGAUUUUAAUACCAAGCGUAUCAUUCCUGGUGAGCCUGUUGUUAAGCGGGAAACAAGAGAUGGAGGGUUUAAGGCAAUAGCGAAUUACGCUUUCAAGAAUAAGGAUUUUGAAUCUGCAGAACGAUACUACACUUUGAUGAUAGCGCUUGAUCCUGAUGACGCAAUCGCGUUCUCCAACAGGAGUGCUUGUUGGCUUCUCAUGGGUGAUGGAGGGAAAGCUUUGUCUGAUGCUGAUGAGUGCAGGAAAAGGAGGCCUGACUGGCCAAAGGCUUGCUACCGGCAAGGCUCAGCUCUAAUGUUACUAAAGGACUACAAGAGGGCAUAUGAACGAUUUUCUGAUGGACUCGAGAUGGACCCAGAGAACGCUGAGAUGGAGGAUGCCCAAAGGAAAGCUUCGGAGGCCCUGCAGGAAAGCAUCAGAGUCCCUGAAGUUGUCUGGAGGCCCAAGCCUGAAUGACUCCUUGGAUAUGCAACGAAAAGGAGUUCUGAUUCCUAGAAGUUGUGGGCAGUUCAGGACUUGAUUUAUCGAUCUGAAUAUUACCCUUUAAGAAUUGAACCACAUAUGGUUUUAUAAGUACUCGUGUUUCUUCGUGUGACAAUUUAUGCAGUAAUACAUUAUGGAACCCUAUUAUCAA